CACAACUCGCCUAACCAUGGCCGCCGGCCAACUUAUUGAAAUCCUCCGGGCCACCAUAGACCCAAACCAGCGAGAGACGGCGGAGAAACAACUCGAGCAGGUACACAAGAUAAUCGGCAUUGCCCCGUCCCUGCUGAAAGUUGUGAUGACUGGCAGCGUGGACAUGCCUGUGCAUCAGGCAAGCGCCAUCUACCUCAAGAACCUGGCGGUUCAGUUCUGGCAAGAAAAAGAGCCACCACCGAAGCCGCAGCCCCAGCCGCUGCCCUUUCACAUUCACGAGCAGGAUCGAGCCAUGGUGCGCGACGCACUCGUCGACGCCAUGGUGCACCCACCCGAGCUGAUCCGCGUGCAGCUCUUGUCCUACCUCGGCUGCGUGCUCAAGCACGACUUUCCGGGACGAUGGACGGGUGUCGUUGACAAGGUCUCCAUCUACCUGCAGUCGCCCGAGAGUGCCGGCUGGGCGGGCGCUCUGUUGGCCCUGUACACACUUGUCAAGAAGUACGAGUACAAGAAGCCCGAGGAGUGAGAGCCUCUGCAUGAGGCGAUGCAGCUGCUGCUGCCGUUGCUGCAGCAGCGCCUGGCGCAGCUGCUGGCCGACCAGUCGGAGGCCUUUGUGCUCCUGCAGAAGCUGAUCCUCAAGAUCUACUUUGGACUCAUAAAUUACCACUUCCCCUUGGGACUCAUCUCGCGCGAAGUGUGCACGCAGUGCAUGGAGCUUCUGCGAGUCAUCCUCGACCGACCAGUGCCCGAUGUGGCAAACCAAGUGGACGAAGAUGAACGACCUGAGCUACCUUGGUGGAAGUGCAAAAAGUGGGCCUUCCACAUCGUCACAGGCAUCUUUGAGAGGU